AAAUUCGGGCUUAUAGGUAAGAUUAGUAGCGACUGCUUUGUGAACGCGGCGUUUGCGCUCCAAGUAGCGAAUAUUGUCGAUAAUGUCAAUACUUGUAAAAGGACGAGAUUUUAAAAAAUAUGUGAUGCUUUGAGAAGGAUUAAAAAGCAAAGUGGUGAGUGAGAACGUAGUCUCGGUAGUUAAUAGGUGAUGAAAAAGUCGAGUAAGCAACGAACGGGCGUGGGUAACAUUUCGAGCGUGUGCCUGUCCGAGGUAAAGGGCGAAGGCGGUGGAGACCAUCUGGAGAAUUUCACGUCCUUUUACAUGAAGGAACAGGAUAUUCCCGAGUACUUGGAGGGUUGCGGUCUCAGCACCUGUUCUGCUGGCGAUAUGCCUGAGGCUGUCGAAGUCCUGCGGGACACCGCCAAAGAGAACUUCAAGGAGAAGAAGCUCUCUGCUGCCUCCAUAGCUGGCAGUGACACUAAGAAAACAGUGACUGUCAAGCAUCCAGAGUCCAACAAGCCAAAACCAACAGCCAAACGGGGAAAACCAAUUCAGGCAGAUUUGGAUGUAUCCAAAGAAUUUGUAAGAUGCAGAGAUGAGUGUGUAACACGACUUGAUCUCAGCAAGUCGAGCAUCUCAAAUCUUCCCAAUACUGUACGUGACUUGACUCACUUGGUUGAAUUCUAUCUUUAUGGCAACAAAUUAACCACUCUACCACCAGAAAUAGGAUGCCUUGCAAACUUGAAGACACUGGCUCUGAGUGAGAACUCAUUGACUAGUUUACCUGAUACUUUGAAAAAUCUGAAAUGUCUAAAGGUACUCGAUCUCAGGCAUAACAAACUGAAUGAGAUACCUGAUGUAGUUUACAGUCUGACAUCACUAACUACUCUAUUUCUUCGGUUUAAUCGAGUAAAAUGCGUUGGAGAUUCCAUAAGAAACUUAACAAAUUUGACAAUGCUAAGUUUGCGAGAGAAUAAAAUCAAGGAGUUGCCAGCUGGCAUUGGACAACUCGUUAAUCUGAUAACAUUUGAUGUAUCGCACAACCACUUGGAGCAUCUACCUGAAGAAAUUGGAAAUUGCAUUCAAUUGUCAACACUUGAUUUACAGCACAAUGAGCUUUUGGAUAUCCCUGAGACAAUUGGAAACUUAGUAUCUGUUACAAGACUUGGACUGAGAUACAAUAGACUGUCGAGCAUACCACAGUCACUGGCAAACUGUAAGCUGAUGGAUGAAUUUAGUGUGGAGGGAAAUCAAGUGUCUCAACUGCCAGAUGGAUUGCUGUCAAGUCUCUCAGACUUGACGACAAUCACAUUAUCGAGAAAUGCAUUUACUGCUUAUCCCUCCGGAGGUCCGUCCCAAUUCACAAAUGUCUACUCCAUUAAUUUGGAGCACAAUAUUAUUGACAAGAUACCUUAUGGUAUCUUCUCACGAGCUAAGAAUCUUACGAAGCUCAAUAUGAAAGAAAAUGAAUUGACUGCCUUGCCUUUGGAUAUUGGAACAUGGGUUAAUAUGGUGGAACUUAAUCUUGGUACCAAUAAAUUGACAAAGAUUCCAGACGACAUCCAAUGCCUUCAAAGCCUUGAGAUUCUGAUACUUUCAAACAAUGCUUUGAAACGUAUUCCAGCAAGUAUAGCAAACUUGCGCAAGCUUCGUGUUCUGGAUUUGGAGGAGAACAAGAUAGAAUCUCUUCCAAAUGAAAUUGGUUUUCUUCGAGAUCUUCAGAAACUUAUUCUACAGUCAAAUCAGGUGACAUAUCUACCUAGAGCCAUUGGUCAUCUGACCAACCUGACUUAUCUCAGCGUAGGUGAAAAUGAUCUGACUUACCUGCCUGAAGAGAUUGGCACUCUGGAGAACUUAGACUCCCUUUACAUUAACGAUAAUGCCAAUCUGCAUAAUUUACCAUUUGAACUGGCGCUCUGCACAAAGCUCAGUAUUAUGUCAAUUGAGAACUGUCCUCUCUCUCGGAUUCCGGCCGAAAUUGUCGCUGGUGGUCCAUCGUUGGUCAUACAGUUUUUAAAGAUGCAAGGCCCAUAUCGGGCCAUGUAACAACAGUGCAUGUGUACAAGACUGCGCAUGAUAUAUCAACUUGCGUUGCAACUUUACUCGCACUUCUGUUUUUUUAGCGUACACCGAACCGCUGCGAACCGACGCCAACCUAAUCCUUAUUUAAAUUAGUACAGUUCCGUCGAUACAUAUUCCCCAAGAUAAUUAUUACAUUAUUAAAUAUUGAUCCGCGACUGUUAUAUCAGCUUCAAAUUUUUAUUUAACCACUUGACUUCCUCGCAGCUAUGUGCACAGCUCCAAAUGUCUUCUGCCAAUUGUAUUAUUUAUAAGUAGGCUAGAUAUAGUGAUAAUCGUUUCAACAGUUUUUGGAUGUUUCAGCGUUCACGCUAAAAUUUGUCAUUUAACUGUUGAAAUACGUGCGUGAUUGUCAAUGUUGUUUUUCGAAGUCAAGACCUGUUACGGUUCCAAUUGUUGUAAACGCGGCUACGAUAUCGUCGGGCAAAAAUUUUUAAAAUUAUACAUAGUCGUACUACGAGAUCAGUUUCGUAUUCAAGGGACAUUUUUAUACUGUAUUUCGUAACAAGAUGGCCCCUGAGCAUGAACUUUAUCUUACAGCACGACUAUACAUGAUUAUCCUACUUUAACUUGCAACAUACGUGAACUUGAAUAUCGCGACAAUGUAAAACUGCGCCAGAACCGACAGCGUGCCAUUUCAGUUGGACCAAUUUAGGUUUAAUGGUUUGCUACAAAUGGAUAUUACUGGUUUAUCAUGAAUAAUGAAUAACGUACGUGCGGUUGAUCUUGAAGUAAGAACGUUUACCUACAUCUUAUAAUGCCAAACACAUUCAAAAAUAUUGCCAACAAAAAUACAGUAUAUUCCUUUAGUUCUUUUUCUUUUGCUUGAUUAUAAAUACUACAGUACUUCUUAGUAAUACCUUAUCGACUAAAGAGAAAACUGAUCAUGAAAAGUGUUCACCAUUUUUUUUUCUCCAACCAAUGUACUUGUUCAUUGUUCAUGAAACAGUAAGACCAUCAUCGCGUUUUUUAUAUGUAUAUGCAUAUAAUGAUGUUAAACGUAUUAAGGAUACAUAAUAAGCUACACAUGUAACGUAUGCAUCCUUAAUGACGGUGAGUAAUUUACAGAAACUAAAAGUAUCAUUAAAUAUGUAUUUUGACGAAAAGUGUUAGCCCUUAUCCCUCUAGCAUCGAGAUAUCGAUGAUUCAAUGUCGUACUAACGAUUACGAUGACUAUGAUGAAUAUAAUGACUUCAUUUCGUGGCCAAAUUCUUACGCUACCCGAAGUACCUCCGAUUGGCGUAUUUUUAAACGUCAUUUUAUUCGGGAGUGUUUUCGCCAGUGCUAUUCAGGAAAAUAUAUAUUAAUAGAAUCGAGAGAUAGGGGCUAAAAAAAGGGAUAAAUCGAUCGCAUCCAAAUUAAUUAUUAAUGACUGUACUCGAUUGAGCGUUUGACGUUUUAAUCGUACAUUCGUAAUUUUGUAAUGUUAUUGUUAUACCGGAUGGUUGAGAUAUAACGGGUUGCCAUUUCGUCGCUGAAACGAGUGCAACUCGUAUUUUAUAUUGCCUGUUAAUGUAGUAACCGACGUUUAGGCUGGAUUUAUCGAAUAAAUGACAGUUAGCGAAUUAGUGAUUCGUACAAUGCAAAGAGUAUUACAUGCUGCAUUUUUCAGGAAAAUUUGCGGUUAAUAGUUAUGAACAAAUAUUUUGUUAUACUUACGCAAAGUCAUUUUUGUAUAUGCAUCUCUGUUUGAAUCGUUAACGUGCUACGUAUAAUUUUUAUAUGAACCGAGCCUUAUCUUCUGAAAUUAUAAAACCUAAUAUUCGUAUAUUAAACGACACGCGCUCAUCCUCGAUGUCUUUGUAGACUACGUAUCUCUGAUCUUGUUUAAGAAUGAGCUACAAGAACUUUUGUAACGCACCGUGUUUGUGUGGUCUCCGCUUGGAGAUAAACGCGUGUACGGAUUGCGACUCACGUUCUAUAUUUCUAGAAUCGCAGGGUUAGAUCGAUCUAUCCUUAAAUUAGCCGUCUACGUAGUUUACGUGUAUUCUUAUAUGAUCGGAAUGAAUGCGCAUAAAGGGUAAGAAAGUAUAAAGUGCAACGAAUAAGCCCAACACUUGGAAUCGAUAUUUAUUCCUACAAUUUUACUAAUCUAUUUUCAACAUCGUGCAUAAGCUUGACCCUGAACACUUUACACGUUCUGUAAACAAUUUAUUUUUUACUAUAUAACCAUAUACGCAGUAUACAAUUUAUCGUACAUAUAUCUGCUGUCUGUCGAGUUUGUACAAAAGUUCUUGUAGAUCGAGGCUACUGAAAAUUACGGUAAUGAUGAUGACGAAUGCGACGAGAUAGAAAAACUAAGGAAACGCUUUAUCAACAUUGUUACGGAUAAAAGUGCAUUUGUUAAAUUUACGAUUGUGGAGAACGAGUAAGGGAAAGCCAUUUUUCGCUUGCCAAUCGUGUGCCCGAUGAGUUUAAUAGCGCUGAGAUAGGUAGGAGUUUACUGACGAUCGAAUAAUGUUUCAGGAUAAUAUGGAGUAUGAUGGAGAAAAACGAAAAGUCUUAGGUGUCGUGCGGUCCUAUGGAGAUGAUGAAUUUUAUGUGGAUAUUAAUAAUGGAUAGCGUAUUAUUCGUAAAUCAUAAUCUUGUUGAAGAGCACGCCGAAUGGCUCCAUAUUGUAUAUUUCAUUUAAAGAAUGUAAUAUUAAUGUAAUUCAGUGUGUAUCAAAUAAUAAUAUAGUUUACUGUAUAAAUAUUUCUAAAUAUACCGAUGUAUUAUAAAACGAUCGACCGUAUACGCCUCGUUUAAUUAUUUUCAUGAUGGUAAGAGAAACAGGAUUAAAGUCCACCGAAUUAAUUAAACGAUAUAACGACAGACUAUUAAAAAAACUAAACUAAAUAUUUUAAUUACUAUACUGUGUCCAAUGCCACCCUAUUACUUCCAACUAUUUUGUACAAUUUCAUGGAAAUGUAUCUAUUCAUUAAAGUGUAGCGCAUAGAAAAUUGA